AUGACUCGACUGGAAGCGUCUCUCCAGCGCUCAGAAAGCCGCUCUGUGAUAGAAAUGCAGAGCAGACGAGAAAGCGCCAAUGCUAGCAGACGAGGAAGCGUUAGCAUGAGCAGAAGAGAAAGUGUCAGCCAACAACACACAGAGACAAGAAGAGAAACAGAACAAAGCAACAGUCGUGGCAUUUUUAAGCGAGCCAAUCGCUUCCUCUCACAAGACCGUGAACAGGACGACGGCAGUUCCUCCUCUCCAGUGCGCUAUUAUGAAAGAGGGCACGCACUUCCAGCCAACCACAGUCCUGAGCGCAAAGCCGCCAUUCCCUUCCGAAACCCCGAUCUGGGCCUCCCAUCCUAUAGGAGACGCUAUGACAAUCUCAGUGAGCAAGCAAUGAGUGGCCUCUCCCCGCAGCGACACAUGAGUUAUUCAAAUUUCAGACGCGGAGACAGCCAAUCACGCGCAAGCCCUCGCUCUGGCAGCCCGAGAUCUACAAACGUCUCUCCACAGAGGCGAGGAGAAUCGCGAAGUUCGUCCUAUCGGAGAGGCUCUUCUACACACGGUCAUCGUACGUCCUCUCAGCAGGCUUCAGGUAAAUGCACGCCAUCACGAAGACGGGAUUCGAUAGCCACGCGCACCUCAUCACCUUCACGAAGCUCAGGUACAAAUAAAUAUGCAGAUUCCUAUAGCCCCGCCCACAAAAGAAGCCCCUCCCAGAGCUCCUACGGGCACAGCUUGGAUUCAGAAAAGCUGUAUAAGAAUCUCAAAUCAAUUGCAAGUUCGGCAGAAUCAGACGGAUCUGAUGGAAGGAACGGCUGGUCGAAAAGAAUACAGUCUGAUGACGGUGGUUAUAACGAACGCAGCCAUAGCGGCCGCAGUAGCCGCAAAAGUGGUAGCCACAGAUCUGGCUACAACAGCCGAGAUUUCUCACCACCCGGAAGCAAUUGUGACACAAUUAGAAGUCGAAAUACAGGUCGCAACAGCAGAACUAGUGGUGCCUCGACACCUCAUCGAAAUUAUGAUGAACGUGAUACUCUAAAGAAAAGCACAUCAAAAAAUAAGAGUCGCAGGAAUGACGUUUACUCGGAUAUCUCGGACAAACAAUCCAAAUCUGAUUCACGUCAAUCGCUAAGCCCCACCCACUCCCAUCUAAGCCCCACCUCUCCAGCAUCAACACCAAGCAUCGCUCAAUCAAGGCAAAGUCGAAAUCAGGCACGGACGCCUGAUUUGACAAAAUCACAAACCUUAACUCCAGAGAUGGACAAGCCAGUCGUUGAUCGGAGCAGAAGCAACAUCAGGCGUGGCUUAGAGGCGCUAAUCCUUUCAGAAAACCCCAGGUCUUCCAGCCAACCAGCAGUGCCAGAAAUGACCAUCGAGGACUAUGUGAUCAUAGCAGAUAUUCCCAGAUCAAAGCUGUACCCUGAAGAAGAAGAAGCAAUAAUAGUGAGGAGGAGGCCACAGAGCCGGAGCCCACGCAGAGACAACCAGCACAGUUAUGAGGAUGGGAGAUACGGCUAUGAGCAUGAGGUUUCUGAAGAGCGUGGCAGAGGAAGAGAAAGAGAGCGAGGAAGAGAUCGCAGAGAAAAAGAGCGGAGACGUCUAGACAAAGAGAUGGGAGGGUCAUCAAAAGCCAACAGCACCACGUCAGGCCAUUCACAGAAGUCCACUAAAAAUGGGGACAACAUUAGGAUGACAAACGGAGGACACAGAGGUGCCGAAAAGCCCCCUCCUAUGCAGGUAAACUCACCUAGAGCCACUAGUUUACCAGCCAACAGUGAGGUAUUAGGUUUCGAGUUCAGUGGCAGGUGUUUAUCUUCGCAGAAUAGACCUUUUCGCACUUUUGAGCAUCUAGACAGAACAUACUUUACAUCUAACGCAAGAUAUCGACGUUUUUGUGAAGUUAUGAGAGGAUUUGAAACGCAAAGAGAAGCUGUACAAUUCAGUACUGUCAGUGUUAAUGUGUCAAACCGCGAGCUGCUUCACGGAAGCUCUAGUCACAUGACCAACUGUUAG